AAUUUAUAAACGGUUGAAAUUGCGCCAUUCACUUUCCCGUUGUCACGUCCGUAAUUAGAUUACAUACAUAUAUACGUACACCAAAACGAAAAAGCUAACAGUCUAUGGCGGACGACGAGACUUGGUCCUUGACGUCAGGCCACAGGUUCCAUUACGACAUAUUCCUCAGCUUCAGAGGAGAAGACACACGUCACAACUUCACCAACAAACUCUACCAUGAACUCGUACGUAAUGGCGUACGUACAUUCAUCGACGAUGAAGGCUUAGAUCGCGGCGAAGAGAUCGCUCCGAGUCUAUUCACAGCGAUUGAAGACUCAGCGGCUUCAAUCGCGGUGAUAUCGGAGAACUACUGUUCUUCAAAGUGGUGCUUAGAAGAACUGGCAAAGAUCACGGAAUGCAAAAGACUAUUGCUGCCUGUUUUCUAUGGGGUUGACCCGUCGGAUGUAAGGAGACAGAAAGGUCCGUUUGAGGAGCAUUUUAGGAAUUACGAUACUUUGGUGGAAGCAGAGAAGGUUUCUCGGUGGAGAGAAGCUAUGAAGAAAGCUGGUAAUACCUCCGGUUGGGAUUCUAGGCUCUGGGAAGAAGCAGAGUUAAUCCAAUCUCUAGUCAAGAAAGUUCUGGGAAAACUCGAUAAUACACCUAUAGGUGUGGCAAAAUACCCCGUAGGACUUCAUUCUCGUCUUGAUGAGUUGCUCAGGUUACUGAAUGUUAAAGCAAAUGGUGUGAUAGUAUUAGGAUUAUACGGAAUGGGAGGAGUUGGCAAGACCACUCUUGCCAAGGCUUUGUACAAUCAGUUUGUUGUGCAUUUCAAGAAACGUAGCUUUAUUUCAGAUGUUAAAGAAAUUGCAAGGCGACAAAAUGGUUUGGCCACUCUUCAAAGCAAACUCAUUGGUGAUCUUACCUCAGGUGCUUCGCCAGACAUAGAUGGUACUGCUAAAGGUAUCCAAUUAAUGAAGGAAUAUAUGAAUAAUGAGCCAGUUGCUAUUUUUCUAGAUGAUGUGGACAAUGCAGACCAACUUCGUGUAUUGGUUGGUGGGAGAGACUGGUUUCGCCAAGGAAGUAGAGUCAUCAUCACCACUAGAGAUAAAAAUGUGUUACUCCCAAGUAUUGUAAACGAAAAUUUUGAGGUAAAAGAGCUCUCCUCGUCCGAGUCACUUACGUUAUUUAGUUAUCAUGCGUUUGGAAGAGAGCAGCCUCCUAAGAACUUUUCGGUUCUUGCUGAAGAAGUUGUAACACUCAGUGGGGGAUUACCUCUAGCUCUGGAAGUUUUUGGAUCUUUAUUGUUCUACAAGAAAAGAAUGAAGGAGUGGCAAGAUGUGGUGCAAAAGCUGAGACAGAUUCGUCCUGGUGAUCUUCAAAACGUCCUGGAAAUAAGUUUUGAAGCUCUAGAUGAACAAGAAAAGUGCAUCUUUCUUGAUUUAGCAUGUCUUCUUCUUAAUACAAGGCUUGACAGGGAAGAUGCAAUUGCAAUAUUUAAAGGUUGUGGUUUUGGCGCUGAAAGUGCAAUAAUAGAGCUCACAGCAAAAUCGCUUCUUAAAAUAGUUGAUGGGAAUGUUUUGUGGAUGCAUGAUCAGCUCAAAGACAUGGGAAGGCAAAUUGUACAACGUGAGAAUUUUGGAGAUGUUGGUAAACGUAGUAGACUGUGGAAUCGUGACGAUAUUACGGAUGUCCUAAAGAACCAUAAGGGCACAAGAAAAAAUGAGGGUAUUGUGCUUGACUUUGAGAAGAGGCAAGAUCAGAACUCCAAGGAAGUAUCUCGGAUCUAUUUGAAGAAAGUACUUAAAAGGUAUAUUGGCCAAGGUAGAAAGGAAAAUGGUGUAACAUUUUGCACAAGAGCUUUUCAGUGCAUGGUCAAACUGAGACUCCUCCAAAUCAAUCAUGUCAAAUUGGUUGGAAAUUUCAAGCUAUUACCUGCUGAACUGAAGUGGCUGCAGUGGAAAGGUUGCCCUUUACAAGUUAUUCCUCCAGAGUUAUUGUCGCGAAAGAUAGCGGUUCUUGAUUUAUCGGAGAGCAUGAUUACACACGUCUGGAAGAAGAAAAAGUGGAAUUGCUACCAGAACAAGAUGGCAAAGCAGCUGAAAGUUAUGAAUCUACAUAGUUGUCGCCAACUUAAGGAAAUCCCUGAUUUAUCUGGACUUCAAUUGGAGAAGCUGAUUCUUGAGCAAUGCAAGGAACUGGUUAAGAUCCAUCCAUCAAUUGGAGACUUGACUACGUUGACCCAUCUAAACAUGAAGGACUGUCAGAGCAUUUUGGCAUUUCCAGAUGAUGUGUCCGGAUUGAAACGUCUUGAAGUACUUAUCCUAUCUGGUUGCUCGAGUCUAAAAGAAUUACCAGAGGACUUGAGUGGCUGGAAAUCUUUGAGAGAGCUUCUUCUAGAUGGUACAGCAAUAACAAAGCUACCUACCUCUAUCUUCCACCUGAAGAAGCUUCAGAUGUUGAAUUUAAAUGAUUGCCGGUGUUUGGAGUUGUUGCCUAGAGCUAUUGGGAAUCUAAGUUCGCUGAGAGAGCUCUCUUUUAGAGGAUCAGCUUUAAAGGAACUGCCUGAUUCCAUUGGAAAUUUGAAAAAUCUUGAGGAAUUAAGCUUGAGAAUGUGCAAGGGGCUCACCUCACUUCCUGAUUCCCUUGGCAAUCUUAAAUCUUUAAUAGGACUUUAUCUUAAUAACAGCUCGAUAAAAGAAUUGCCACCUUCUGUUGGUUUGUUAUCUCAUUUGAAGUUCCUUUGGGUCAACAAUUGCAAGUACUUGAGCGAAUUGCCCAAUUCCAUGAGUAGCUUAUCAUCAUUAGUUUGGCUUUGUCUAGAGUGGACCUCAGUUAGUGAACUAAGUUUCCAGUUAGGUAACUUAAAGUCCCUUGAGAAGCUUGAGAUGGGAAACUGCGCGUCAAUCAGAUCUUUACCUAGCUCAACUGGAAAUAUGUUAUGUUUAACUACUUUGGACCUACACAAUACAUCAAUUACUGAGUUACCAGACUCGAUAGGCUUAUUGGAAAGACUUUGGAAAUUGAACCUGAAUAACUGUUUGAAUCUCCAACAACUCCCGGCUUCAAUUGGAAGCCUUAAGAGUUUGUGUUACCUUUAUAUGGCUGAAACUGCUGUAUCAGAAUUACCCGAUGAAAUUGGAAUGCUUUCAAACUUAAAACUACUGAAGAUGAGAAAGAAACCACAGCCUAGAGAGGAUGAACUGCUGGACAUGGAAGACUUGCAUGUUGGAGAAAGCUCUAAACGCGUUACUCUUCCAGAAUCAUUUUCGAACCUCUCAUCCUUGGAAGUCCUAGAUGCUCAUGCAUGGAAAUUCUCUGGCAAGAUUUCUGAUGAUUUCCAGAAGUUGUCUGCUUUGGAAAAGCUCGACCUUGGACACAACGAUUUUUGCAGCCUCCCUUCUAGCAUGAAAGGACUUUGUGUUCUCAAGCAUUUGCUUAUCUCGAACUGCAGAAAGCUCAAGUUUCUUCCUGAACUUCCCUCAAGUUUGGAAUGGUUAAAUGCUGCAAACUGCUCCGCAUUGGAACGUAUAGCUAGCAUAUCAAAUUUGGAAUAUUUGGAACAACUCCAAUUCAGUAAUUGCAAGAAGAUAACAGAUAUUCCUGGCCUUGAAAGCUUGAAAUCUUUGGUAAGGUUGUAUACAGUCGGUUGCAACGCGUGCUUACCUUCCAUAAAAAGAAGGAUUUCUAAGGAUUCUCUAAGGCAUAUAAAGUAUCUCUGUGUUCCAGGGAGUGACAUUCCGGAUUGGUUUAUUCAGGAAGUACCUAACGUCUCAACUCGCAAGCACCGUGAUAUCAAGGGUGUGAUCAUUGGAGUAGUUCUCUCUCUAGACCAACAAGUAGAGGACAAUUUCAGACACAAAGUCCCAGCAAUCGUGGAUAUUCAAGCAACGAUUACCACACCUGGUGAUGCUGAACCUAAACUUAGAAAAACUUUGAACUUGGAGGGGGUUCCUGAUACAGAUGAAGAUCAGCUCUAUUUAUGUCGAUUUCAAGAGCACAGUGAUUUUAUGUUCGUGUUGGAAGAAGGCGACAGGGUGCAGGUUGCAAUUAGAGAGAGUCCACGUUUUAAUGGCCUCAAACUGAAGAAGCAUGGGAUGCACUUGGUUUUUGAAAAUGAGGAUGACUUCGAUGAUAAUGAUGAGGAUCUGUUUGAUGAAUCUCAGCAGUCUGUUUCGAAGAAACUUGCUAACUUUUUUAAUUCAUUAUGAAACAGUUCAUAGCCGAAAUGAAUUCAGCAUACAGAGUGGAGUCCAAGAAUUUGACUAUAUAAAGACAUUUAUAAAUGUGUAUAUACUAAAUGAUUCGUCUAUGUUAGUGGCCUGGCAAGUUUAUUCAGAGUAAACAUUGGUGCAGAUGGAUUGAUUGUGAUAACUUGUACCUUUAACUA